GCGGUGGUAACUUUAGUAAGUGUGACAUUUACCGGGCAGAAUGCGAAGUCCUGUUCUGUCAGCCGCACAAACAUACAAGAGGCACAUCUUUUUCCGUCCAUACAUUCGGAGAGGAAAAGCCAGAGAAGAUACAUCCUUAGCUAUGAAACAGCAAGUGUUGAACUUUUACAGCUGGGCAGUGCCACCUCUCCUAAUUUCUGUCUGGCUGGAGCAAAGGAGCCUUCUACCAGCACAAGGAAACUUGCUGCAUCAGAAGUAAUGCAUGCCAUUGGUGGAAAGCACCAUUCUGUUUAUGCAGAUGUUGGAAAUAUAGCGAAGGAGAAUACUGCCGGCCCAACCAAUUUGUCUGCUGUUGCCACAACCGAUUCUGGUGUGCUCCACACAGAAACAGUCCAAAUUAUGCCAGAGCAUGCAUCUGUAACUCAGACCCCAGGAAAAGAGAAAGCCAAAGAGGGAGAAACUGUGAUCUUGGGGUGCCACUUCCACAGUGCCCAAGGUCCAUCUUUGAACAAGCUGACCGUGAAGUGGUACAAGGAAGAUGAAAAGGGGCAGAGGGACCUCAUGGAAAACAAUGUCACUAUCCUGGCAAACUACUCCAAAGUUUUUAUGGCAGGGGACUUAUCUGAAGGCGAUGCAUCUCUAACUAUCUUAAAUGUGACAGCCAGUGAUCAUGGCAUUUAUUUCUGCCAGGUGAUAUUUCCCAGUGGAGAAAUACGGACAGGUGAUGGCACUAAGCUCAGGAUCAGGAGAGCAAUGGGACUGUUUGGUAUUGAAGAAUCCAUUGGAACAAUCAUUGGCGUGGCAGCAGCUGGCAUUGGUGGGCUGGUAGUUCUGAUCAUAGUUUUAACUCCUCAGCUGAGGAAGUGUCUUCCGUGUAUUAAAGCAACAUCCCAACAAGCUUAAUGUGGGCAGCAUAAUUACAGGGAGAAAAUACCAGAUGUGCCAACAACAAUUUUUUGAAUGUAAACAAAAACAGUCAAUUGUUUGAGAGCUUUCUGUGGUCUUUCGGAAGGUAAAAUAAAAAGUUCUAGUACCCUUUUAUGAAGACUUUCUACAAAAAUGACAUUUAUUUAUUUUAAGAAAACAAGCAUAUGGAGAAAAAAAAUAAAGGUCUGUCAAAACAGAACCCCAGCUCACUGCCUCAGACUGC